UUCCAGUUAUGUCAUAUUUACACUAAUAAGCAUAUUUCUGUAAAGCAUGAUGGGGUGCAAUGUCAAAGUAGAUUUGUGGUGCUCAGCUCUGCGGAGAUUUAAACUAGUGAACGCCAAUACCUGAUUCUUAUCUUACCUACACUUGCUUAAAGCCAGAGUAACUCCAUGGAGGUCAAUACAGUAUCACUAUUAUUUAUUUAGCAUGUGCAUAGUGUAGCCAAGCAAUGACAUUUUCAGUGGUGUGAUGCAGUUCUUGUAGGCCACCGCUGAACCUAGUCGUCAGGCCUUCAUCGACAAUGUGCAUCAUCAUCUCUUGUGCCGCAGCUGCACAAAGGGCUGUCACGGAACUCCUGGCGAUACUGGUUAGCUGCACAGAGACCUUGCCCUGCACGCCCAGAUUAAAAUGGGUGGAUUUAAUCGAUAAAUGCAUUGAUGGAACAAGUAAUGAAAUGCUAACAAGGGAUAACCUUAUGGGAUAUUAACUCAGUGGGCCAAACCUGGCUUUUCAUGUAAAUCAGUGCAACUUCUGAGCUUGCAUGGGUGGAUUUUGGAUUUUUAAUUCACAAAGAGCUACACCAUGCCCUGAUCUGCAAGCCUCUCCGCGAGGAGCUACUUUUCUGUGUAGGGAGAAAGCUGGGGAAGGACUGCUCUGCUCAGCCUCUUGCUCAGUAGUGGAUAUGCUGGGAGCCAGGAAAAGAUGAGCCCUAAUUCUCCUGGCUCAUUGUGGAUGGAAAGGGGACAGGGACGGGUGUACAAGUCUUGUACGUGCACAGCUGCUGUUUGGUUGAGAUCUAGAGUACUGGAUCCUAAAAUGGUUCAGGUCAGGAGCCAGGUGGGUGCCCUGGAUGGAGGGCUGCCCUCACAGUCCUGCAUUGGAGAGAAGAGCAUUUCCCAACUUGAUUGCAUGUUGUUUCUCUUGAAGCAGAUGACAGCUCGCUUGAUGCUGGCGGUGGGAGGAGCAGUGCUGGGCUCCCUGCAGUUUGGCUAUAAUACUGGAGUCAUCAACGCCCCGCAGAAGGUGAUUGAAGAGUUCUACAACCAGACGUGGCUAACUCGCUAUGAGGAGCCGAUCACUGCUGGCACCCUCACCACCCUGUGGUCCCUCUCCGUUGCCAUAUUCUCCAUUGGAGGAAUGGUUGGCUCUUUCUCCGUUGGGCUGUUCGUCAAUCGCUUUGGCCGACGGAACUCCAUGCUGAUGUCAAACAGUCUUGCUUUCCUGGCAGCCAUCCUGAUGGGCUUCUCCAAGGUGGCUUAUUCCUUCGAGAUGCUGAUCCUGGGCCGCUUCGUCGUCGGGUUGUAUUCUGGCCUCACCACUGGCUUCGUGCCCAUGUAUGUGGGUGAGGUGUCUCCAACAGCGCUGAGAGGGGCUCUUGGAACGUUCCACCAGCUCGGCAUAGUCGUGGGCAUCCUCAUCGCACAGGUGUUUGGGAUGGACUUGAUCAUGGGGAAUGAGUCACUCUGGCCGCUCCUGCUGGGCUUCACCUUUAUCCCUUCCUUGCUGCAAUGUAUCAUCCUGCCCUUUGCCCCCGAGAGCCCCCGGUUCCUCCUUAUCAAUCGCAACGAGGAGAACAAAGCCAAGAGUGUCCUGAAGAAGCUCAGAGGGACGACGGACGUCAGCAGCGACCUGCAGGAGAUGAAGGAAGAGAGCCGGCAGAUGAUGAGGGAGAAGAAGGUCACGAUACUGGAGCUCUUCCGCUCCCCUUUGUAUCAACAGCCGAUCCUCAUUGCCAUUGUGCUGCAGCUGUCUCAGCAGCUCUCGGGGAUCAAUGCGGUCUUCUACUAUUCUACCAGCAUCUUUGAAAAGUCGGGUGUGGAGCAGCCCGUCUACGCCACCAUAGGCGCCGGGGUGGUGAACACAGCUUUCACGGUUGUCUCGCUCUUUGUGGUGGAGCGAGCCGGGCGCAGGACUCUGCACCUCAUUGGCCUGGCUGGGAUGGCUGGCUGCGCAGUGCUCAUGACCAUCGCCCUGGUGCUGCUGGACCAAAUGGCCUGGAUGUCCUACGUCAGCAUCAUUGCCAUCUUUGGGUUUGUGGCUUUCUUUGAGAUUGGCCCAGGCCCCAUCCCUUGGUUUAUCGUGGCAGAACUGUUCAGCCAAGGCCCUCGCCCUGCCGCCUUUGCCGUCGCCGGCUUGUCCAAUUGGACCUCCAACUUCAUUGUGGGCAUGGGCUUCCAGUAUGUGGAGCAACUCUGCGGCCCAUACGUCUUCAUCAUCUUCACAGUGCUGCUGAUCCUCUUCUUCAUCUUCACCUACUUCAAGGUGCCCGAGACGAGGGGCCGGACCUUUGACGAGAUCGCCUCCGGGUUCCGCCAGGGCGGUGCCAGCCAGAGCGACAAGACGCCCGAUGAGUUCCACAGCUUGGGAGCAGACUCCCAGGUCUAACAAGCCAGCAGCUUGUCCCUCUGCUCCAACCACUGAACUUCUCUCCAGAGUGUUUUAAUGCUUGUACAGAAACCAGGCAGGAAGGAUUUGAGGGGUGGGGCGGUCGGGUGCAUUUGUUCCGUCUCCUGAGUCCCCCACCUGGUUGGCCAGCAAUAUACUGACACACAUUUGCUAGGAACAAUUGUAGCUGGUUUCACGUCCAGGAUUUCAAAGAUGAUAGGUUCAGAAACAACAAUUAAUGUUUUCAACCAACCAACCAACUCCAGUUUUGUGAGCUGGAGGGAACUCCCUUAUUAACGAAGCAACGGGUUUUUUAACGAGAAGUUUUUAAAAGGUCAAUACUUUCAAGGGUUUUCAUCACCGAAAAAAGCCUGUUGUUUUAUUACGUAUUUUAAAAAGCAGAUUUUUAAUGUCUCAAACUGUCUAAAAUUUCAAACCCCCAGUGGGUUGGGGGAGCAGGAUUCUACCCCACAGAGACUAGGGGGGAAGUGGGCAAGGAUUGUAAUGUUAUUGGAUUCAUUCUGUUCUUCUACAACUCUGAGCAGUAGCUACACCUGAACUGGGCCCCAAGAGAAGCUCUGAAAGGGCUGUAGUGCUGUAGUGAUACGUGGACAGUCCUAGGGGGACCUGUCUUCUGGGGUCACCGCCACAUCUCCCAGGAUUUAGAAUCUCCAGUGGCAGCUUCUCAGUCCUUCAGAACCUGUCCCUAGCCAAAUAUACUUCCCUCACCUGAAUGAAUCAUUUCCUCUGAGUCAGAUGGGUAGUUUGGGUGGGGUGAGGGUUUUGUUUGGGGGCUGGGUUUUUUGGGGUGGGGAAAGAGUUAAAAACUACUGUGGGUUGGUUUUUUUUUUUUUUAGUCUGGCAAUAUUUGCCUUAUAGGUCAAUUGCAGUGUAUGUGGGCAGGGACGCCUCACUACUGAAAAGUCAGCAGCAACCUGCCCCCUUGGCUCAUUGUUUAAAAACAAACCAACUCUCCAGAAUUGAAAUCCAGUCUUGCUUUGCUCCCACCACAAGCAACCCUUGUGUUGAAGGCAUAUCUGAGAAGCAGGAGUGGUAUGUUUACAGGCUGCAAAAGCCAGUUUGGGGCAAAAUAACCUGGCUGAUGAGACAAUACAAACACUAGCCCAGUCACUACCUUGCAAGCCCAAGACUCUCAGAAGUUAAUCAGUUGAAUGAAGACACACAUUUCCUGCUUUGUGUAUAGACUGGAAGAUAUUUAUAUAUAUAUAUAUAUAUAUAUUUGUUCAAUGGUGUUAAUAGUAGACAUUAAGUUAUAGUGUUUCUGAUUGACAAGCAAAGUACUGUAAAUAUUCUUGAACUAUAUUCACAUUGUACAAUGUAAACAAAGUACAGAUACAGACUUAUAGUUUCUAUAGCAACUGUACCGAAAGGCUUGUUCAAUAGAACGAACUUUUGUAUAGUUAACUUACCUGCACUGUAGUUGCAUCUGUUGCACUGAAUUUUAGUCUUAGCAUAUUACAAACAAACAAACAAAAACAUGUCAUUUACAAAACAAACUCCUCCCCUAGAGUGCAUGUUUUAGAGGCUCAUGGCACAUUUCCAAAGCCAAACGCAGCUAUUUAAUAGUUUUUUUAUUUAUUUGUCUGUUUUUAAAGUGGCUACAUGACCACACUUGAAAGAAAAUAAACUUAGAAAAAAAUCA